AGAAAAGUUUCCCCCUUUGUCUCUCCUUCCCUGCCUCAUUCCCUUUUCUCCUUCCCAAAGGCAACCACUGUUCAGAGGAUCCGCCGGUUUGUUGCAUUAGCAUCUGGGAUAAAUGAAUGACUGGAGCUCCGUGAGGUAUGUAUUACUGGCAGCCUUUUCCAGAUGAGGAAGAAGAGGCCUAGAAGCAUGAAGUAGCUCGCCCAGGUGACACAGUGAGGCUUCUGGUUAAAUGUGGCAGGUUGAAUGCACUAGUUUACCACUACUCCUUCCUGAAAUUCUGCUAAAACAUCACAUUCAAGAGAUUUUUUAAUGGCUGUAAAACAACCACAAUAGAAGAGGACAGUAAACAAUAGCAAUAGAAUCUGCAGAGCUGAAACGAGAUGGACAUGUGUCAGUUUAACAGACCAGAGAAUGGUAUGUUGUAGCAGACAGUGAAAAAAUCUUGAAGUAUGAAGAAUCCUCUGAAAAUGGUACAGAUGGGGCUAACUAUAGGAUUUGUCGAAAAUUUGCACAGAUCCUCUUUCAUCCUAGCAGAAGACUAGACAUUGGUUCCCUGGAGCUGCUGGCUUUGGGCAGUUGCACAUCUGAGGAGAGGGCACUACGCUACACUGGGGAUUGAGCUAUAAUCUAUAUGCUGAAUGAUGAGACCACCAGCCCCUCCACCACCCUGCUCCAAGAGCACUGGCAGCCAGGUUGAUACCUUCCAGGCAGGAGGCUGUAGGAUUCCUUUCUGGGGAAGAUGACCGGCUCAGGACAUAGAACUUAAAGAUGCUGAGGGUUAAGAGUCCCCACUGGAAGUGCCCCAUCAAAACAACAGGAGCUUGGGAAGAGACAAGCAGUCUAGCUAGCAGAAGGAAACAACCCUUGGGCAACAACAUCGAGGUCCUGUGAUCAGUUGAUCACCAGAGAAUACAUACUCAAGCACAGGAGUUUGUAAUAAGGGAAUAUUCAGAAAACAGAAAUAAUCCUUGGACUUCAAAGUUUAAGAGCAGAAAGAAAAAGAGAAGAUGAAGUUAAGGAAAUCACCCAGAAAGUAGAACAAUAACAACAUACAAGAGAUGGAAAAUAGACAUAAUAAAAUGAUAGGAUCCUUCCAGACAGUCUAACAUCUGAAUAAUAGGAAUUCCAUAGAGAUGGAGCAGAGAUUAUAGAGGGGAGAAAAGUGUCAAAGACAUAACUUGAGAAAUUUCCCCAUAUCUGAAAGACACAAAUGUACAGACAGAAAAGGUCCACAGAGCACCAAGCACAAUGCAUGAAUAUAGAUCCACACGAGGCAUGUAAUGGUGAAAUUUCAGACCACUAGGGGCAAAGAGGAGACCCUAUAACCUUCCGGGGGGGAAGGGGAUAUUAGGAAUGAGAAUAGUGUCGGACUUCUUAAGAAAAACAAAAUAUAAACUAGAAAAUCUGGACUAAUGCCUUCAAAAUUCAGAGAGAGAAUUACUUCUCCAUACCUAGAAUUCUGUACAUAUCCAAAACACCAAGACAACUUCAGAAAUGCCAGAUCCUCAGAGGGCAGACAACAGAAGCAAGAAGAACUACAAUCCUGCAGCCUGUGGAACAAAAACCACAUUCACAGAAAGGUAGACAAGAUGAAAAGGCAGAGGGCUACGUACCAGAUGAAGGAACAAGAUAAAACCCCAGAGAAACAACUAAAUGAAGUGGAGAUAGGCAACCGUCCAGACUAAGAAUUCAGAAUAAUGAUAGUGAACAUGAUCCAGCACCUCGGAAAAAGAAUGGAGGCAAAGAUCAAGAAGAUGCAAGAAAUGUUUAACAAAGACCUAGAAGAAUUAAAGAACAAACAAACAGAGGUGAACAGUACAAUAACUGAAAUGAAAACUACACUAGAAGGAAUCAAUAGCAGAAUAACUGAGGCAGAAGAACGGAUAAGUGACCUGGAAGACAGAAUGGUGGAACUCACUGUCAUGGAACAGAAUAAAGAUAAAAGAAUGAAAAGAAAUGAAGACAGCCUAAGAGACCUCUGGGACAACAUUGAACGCAACAACAUUCGUGUUAUAGGGGUCCCAGAAGGAGAAGAGAGAGAGAGAGGACCCAAGAAAGUAUUUGUAGAGAUUAUAGUCGAAAACUUCUCUAACAUGGGAAAGGAAAUAGCCACCCAAGUCCAGGAAGUGCAGAGAGUCCCAGGCAGGAUAAACCCAAGGAGGAACACGCUGAGACACAUAGUAAUCAAAUUGACAAAAAUUAAAGACGAAGAAAAAUUAUUGAAAGCAACAAGGGAAAAACGACAAAUAACAUACAAGGGAACUCCCAUAAGGUUAACAGCUGAUUUCUCAGCAGAAACUCUACAAGCCAGAAGGGAGUGGCCUGUUGUAUUUAAAGUGAUGAAAGGGAAGAACCUACAACCAAGAUUACUCUACCCAGCAAGGGUCUCAUUCAGACUCGAUGAAGAAAUGAAAAGCUUUAGAACUUCUCUAAGUGGGGAACACAAGAGAAGAAAAGGACCUACAAAAACAAACCCAUAACAAUUAACAAAAUGGUAAUAGGAGCAUACAUAUCGAUAAUUUCCUUAAACGUGAACGGAUUCAAUGCUCCAACCAAAAGACACAGGCUCGCUGAAUGGAUACAAAAACAAGACCCAUCUCUAUGCUGUCUACAAGAGACCUACUUCAGACCUAGGGACACAAACGACUGAAAGUGAGGGGAUGGAAAAAGAUACUCCAUGCAAAUGGAAAUCAAAAGAAAGCUGGAGUAGCAAUACUCGUAUCAGGUAAAAUAGCCUUUAAAAUAAAGAAUGUUACAAGAGACAAGGAAGUACGCUACAUAAUGAUCAAGGGAUCAAUCCAAGAAGAAGAUAUAACAGUUAUAUAUGCACCCACCAUAGGAGCACCUUAAUACGUAAGGCAAAUGCUAACAGCCAUAAAAGAGGAGAUCGACAGUAACACAAUAAUGGGGACUUUAACACCUCACUUAUGCCUAUGGACAGAUCAUCCAAACAGAAAAUUAACAAGGAAACACAAGCUUUAAAUAACACAAAAGACCAGAUAGAUUUAAUUGAUGUUCAUAGGACAUUCCAUCCAAAAACAGCAGAUUACAGUUUCUUCUCAAGUGUGCACGGAACAUUCUCCAGGAUAGAUCACAUCUCGGGUCACAAAUCAAGCAUUAGUAAAUUUAAGAAAAUUGAAAUCAUAUCAAGCAUCUUUUUUGGCCACAACACUAUGAGAUGAGAAAUCAAUUACAGGGAAAAAAACGUAAAAAACACAAACACAUGGAGGCUAAACAAUACGUUACUAAAUAACCAAGAGAUCACUGAAGAAAUCAAAGAGGAAAUCAAAAAAUACCUAGAGACAAAUUACAACGAAAACAUGAUCCAAAACCUAUGGGAUACAGCAAAAGCAGUUCUAAGAGGGAAGUUUAUAGCAAUACAAGCCCACCUCAAAAAACAAGAAAAAUCUCAAACAAUCUAAAAAAAAAAAAAAAGCCAAAUCUUGAAAAAUUUAAUUCCUUUUUACCCUUGGUGUUUCCCAAAUUGGAAGAUUAUCCUAGGAAGAGGAAGACUUAAAGUAAGCUGGUGAUCCAUCCCAGGAAACAUACCUGGAGAAUCGCCCAGGACAAAGGUAAGAGGAGACCCAGAGUGGCGCUGUGGGACUGGCCUGGAAAACCACCAGUCCAGGCAAGUGCAGGAGUAUGGAGGGCUCUUCCAGGAAGUCGGGUGGGAGCUGUCUCCAGAAAAAGAUGCCAUUGGUACAGGACCAAAUGAAUUUUAUCGUACUGAGAGACUGCUACUUUUGCAGGAAAGUUAGUGAUGAGUUAGUAAUAAGUACAUAAAAAGUUAAAUGAAGAAAAGUGACAAUUGUUAACUCCAGGAAAAACACAAAGUUGUCUAAGAAAGAAGGUAUUACUAUAUAUAGUGCACUUUAUGGUCUAAUAAUCACAUGGCCAUAGGGUGUAAGCACUGAAUAUUGAUUUAACCAAAAUUAUAAUACGGCUCUAUUUGGAGAAUGGAGGAGGGCAAGUGGGCAGGGAGAUUGAAGAGACCAAAACCUCUUUCCAUUUGGAAAACCAAUAGAUAAGAUCUAAAAUUUAAACAGAAUCUAGAUAUAGCCAUGUAAGUGUCGUGUUUGAAUAUACAGAGAUAAAUAUCAGAGUAAGUAGCUAAAAGCAGCUGUGUCUAGAGAGUGGGAAUCAGGGUGUAGAAGAUGGAGCAGGAGAAUGCUCAUUUUUGUUAAAAAGCUUGUAGAACCACUGGACUUUCAAAACCAUGGAUAUGUAUAACUUUAAAUUCUUUUUAAUGAAGUCAACAGCAAGUAGUUGCAGAAUCACUAUCUGAACCCGAUUCUGUCUGAAGCCAAUCCCAAUUUUUCCUCUCAAGAUAAAUUCUUUGUACUUAUUUGCCUCUGGACUUUGAUUUUCUUUAGAGUUUGUUUGUACAAUUGAUCCAAUAAUCUACAAAAUCCAGGAGCAUAUGGGCUGGGGUAAUCCCACGGGGAUUACCAUAAGUGACAAGGAGAACUUGUUUUGGGGUAGGAGGGAUGUCUCACAGAGCCAGAGGGCAGGGAACUUGAAGCAGGGACUGGGGCACCACAGGGAACCCUGAAAGUUCUUUCUCUCCUUUGCUUCUAUAUGCUCCCCUGCCUGUGUCUGCUUUGUUUAUCUGAUUCCCAGUUCACAGGCGAGGAAAUAGCCCCUCAUAGCCCCUCAGUCUGCACCUGAGGGGAGCGCUUGGGAGGGGAUGAGAUAAACCCAAUUUGAAUGCCAAGUUCUGGAAAGUCAGAAGGGAGGCCCCAGUGGGAAAUACAUGCUCUUUUAGGAGCUUGAAAGGGGUCAUCUAAUGAAUGGCGUUUAGGGCCCUGGACCCUGUCUGCCCCAAGCGGCCUGCUGGUCCUGGGAUGUCCCUGCAGAUCCCAGGCGUCAGCAGGCAGCCAUGCCCUGCAUGGGUGGCUGGACUGGGGGAGCUGUAGGGAUGUCUGCAGAGAAGUCAUUUACUUGUGUUGGAACAAACACAGGGCUUAAGCAGCAGAAAUGGCACUGACUUGGGGUUUGAGGAAGGCAUCCCAAUUCAAGCUCCUUCUUUGAUUAGCUGUAUAGCCACUAGCCCCAAUGGGCUAUUGAGAGCUUGAAGUGUAGCUAGUCUGAGAGCCUGAAAUAUGCUCUGAGUGUAAAAUGCACACUGGAAUUUGAAGACUUAGUGUCCCCAUAAUACAAAAUAUCUCAUUACUAUUUUAUUCUUAUUAAUGGUAAUGUUAAUAUUAAUGUUGAAAUGGAUAAUAUUUGGGGUAUAUUGGCUUCAAUAAAAUAUAUUAUUAAAAUGAAUUUCACCUUCCUUUUACGUUUUAAAAAUGUGACUCUUAGAAAAAUUAAAAAUUACUAAGACGGCUCACGUUAUAUUUCUAUUGGACAUCACCAGUCUAGACUCUAGACCUAACACAUUGCCUUUAUUGAAAAGAACAGAAUCACUCAGGCUUGGCAUCACUCUGGAAAGCUGGGGAGAGGUGUUUGUGCAAUCCUGAUGCCUUAGUUUCCAUUUAGUGUUAAACAGCACCUUGUUUUUCAGGGUCCCAAACCCUGGUAAAAUCCACAGCUGUCCCCUCUCUACUCUGCCUGUGACAAACCAGCCCUAACCACAGGAGACAAGGUGAGGACAGUGUUCCUGACAGAAGACUCAUGUACCCUUAGGGGCCUGCAGAAGUUCUCAGGGGACCUGAAGGCCAUUCCACUACUCUGGAAAGCCUGACGGAAAGAAAUUCUACAGCUUCCCAAGUACUGAUGCCUUGGCCAAUGAGAUCAGUGUUUCUUGGCUCGAGGCUUCUAGCAACCCAGCCAGGCAAAGUUGAUGGUCUCAACUAUCAGAAGCUCCACCUGGCAAUUAAUUGUAAGUCUCUCUGACUUAUGAAAAUGCUGAAAAGUUAAUUAUUCAUUAAGAUGUAAUGGGAUAGACGAAGUUUUUCCAAAUGUGCUAUUCUUAGAGAAUGAUACCCCUGGUGCCCCUGGUGAUGGAAAGUUUAGGAAGCUCUGACAGAAGUCAUUGUGUCCUUCAGGGUCCUGGUUCUUGCAUGUUUUGUUUCCACAUUUGGUUGGUAAGUGAUGGAAUUUCCCUUAACUUUCCUGCAGGGAUAUGUCCUUGGCACGUACAUCCCUCUGAAAUUCAUAGAAUUUUGAGAUUUGGGCGACUUCAGUUAUUUCUCCAUCUGGGAUGAUGAGCAACCUAUCAUCACUGUCAAAGCCCCACGACCAACCCCCAUGAUCAGCCCUCCUUACACCUCACCUUGGAAUGUACCAAGCUUUAAAUUAUCUCAUCACCAAGAACUAAGAGUGGUGACCACAAAUUCCACAAAUUCCUGCAGCUCUGCAUACCACUGGCAUACCCACAGAACCAGUUCUCCAUGCUCCUUGGGACCACGGGCACCUGGGCCCUCCCAGUGCGCUACCAUCCCACUCUCCUCGACCUCCACCCUUGGGGAAGGCGGCAUUGAUCAGGAAUUAAGUGCGUGUGCUCAGGGGCAGGCUGCCCGGGCUGUGUCUCCACACCUUCCUUACAGCUUGUGAAACUGGGGCUGCCUGCCAGGCAUCACGUGACUGUCUGGUGCAACAGAGCUGCAUAAGGCAGCCGUAGCCUUGAGGAAUAGGGCUGCAAAGAAUGCUGAAUCACUGGGAGAAGCACUGCAGCAGCAGUGAUGGAGGGGCGAAGCUGGGGAGCUGCCGGGAGCAAUGGAUGCUGAUGGCUCAACGGACUUGCCCUUGGCUGGAGCGAGCUGCCUUGCCCAAUGUUAGGCUCCCUCCCCAGGGGAAGCCUGAAUCCAGGGAUUGGUCAUUAGGCAAAUGUCUGCAGACUACGGCUGACCGUACCUCCUGAGAGUCCAGUGUCUGAGUCAAGUGGAAAGAAGGUUGAAAGAAGAGAGAAGUAUCGUGACCUGAGCAAUGGCGAACCCACCAUGAAACUCCCUCAGGGUGUUGUCUAUGGUGUGGUACGAAGAUCAGAUCAAAACCAGCAGAAAGAAAUGGUGGUGUAUGGGUGGACCACCAAUCAGCUGAAAGAAGAGAUGAACUACAUCAAAGACGUAAGAGCCACUUUGGAAAAUGUAAGGAAGCGAAUGUAUGGAGACUAUGAUGAAAUGAGACAGAAGAUUCGACAGCUCACCCAAGAACUGUCAGUUUCACAGGCUCAGCAGGAUUAUCAGCAGAAUUACAUCCAAACCCAGUCGUCGGCCCUGGACAGUUUUAAUACGAUGAACUCGGCUUUGGUGUCGGACUCCAUCGGCCUGCAGAAAACCCUUGUGGAUGUUACCUUGGAGAAUAGCAACAUUAAGGCUCAAAUCAGAAAUCUGCAGCAGACAUAUGAAGCCUCCAUGGACAAGCUGCGGGAAAAGCAGAGGCAGUUAGAGGUAGCACAGGUUGAAAACCAGCUGCUGAAAAUGAAGGUGGAAUCCUCCCAAGAAGCCAACGCAGAGGUGAUGAGAGAGAUGACUAGGAAGCUGUACAGCCAGUACGAAGAAAGGCUGCACGAAGAGCAGCAGAGGCACAGUGCUGAGAGAGAGGCGCUCCUGGAAGAAACCAAUAGUUUUCUGAAAGCCAUUGAAGAAGCCAAUAAAAAGAUGCAAGUGGCAGAGAUCAGCCUAGAGGAGAAGGACCAGAGGAUCGGGGAGCUGGACAGGCUGAUUGAGCGCAUGGAGAAGGAACGCCAUCAACUUCAACUCCAGCUCCUGGAGCAUGAAACAGAAUUGUCAACGGAAAUUACCAAUUCUGACAAAGAAAGGUAUCAGCGGCUGGAGGAGGCGUCGGCCAGCCUCCGGGAGCGGAUCCGACACCUAGAUGACAUGGUGCAUUGCCAGCAGAAGAAAGUCAAGCAGAUGGUUGAGGAGAUUGAAUCACUAAAGAAAAAGGUGCAGCAGAAACAGCUCUUAAUAUUGCAGCUUUUAGAAAAGAUAUCGUUCUUAGAAGGAGAGAAUAAUGAACUACAAAGCAGGUUGGACUAUUUAAUAGAAACCCAGCCCAAGACUGAAGUGGAAACCAGAGAGGUUGGAGUGGGCUGUGAUCUUCUACCCAGCCAAACAGGUAGGACUCGUGAGAUUGCAGUGGCUUCCAGGAAUUAUACCCCAUACACACGAGUCCUGGAGUUAACCAUGAAGAAAACUCUGACUUAAGCACUUGGAGACGUGCACUUUGCACUGAUGGACAAAGGCCCUGGAACCCUGCGGCUUGAAGUCUGGAAAGGGUGACUGUUGCUUCGUCCUAUACACUGUUUAAGCUGCAGUGGAAACUGCUGAGGUUCUGAUCCACUUCUUAAACAUGAAGGAAAGUGGAGGGGGAGGGGGAAGGCAGGAGAGAGAGGUUUCAAGGUCAUAUAUCAAACACCCAACCAGUGUAUGUACCCUGCUGUACUGGGCCGUCAUUAGCUUUCCAUGCGGACACUGAGUCCUAUCAGGAGAAUUUCCUCACUAUUUUCUGUUUUACUAGACUUCGGCUGGGAGGAAAUAAGGCAUUACCUUGAAAUUUCAUGUUACUUAUUGCCAGGAUCAUUUGUUACAGCAUGAAGGUUUUAUUUACCCGUAGAAGUAUUAGAGGCGGUGUUUCUCUGCUACAGGGAAGCCUGUCCGCAGGAGUGCAGGCACAUGGGGAAAUGUGACGCUGGGAAGGAAGGGGCAGGUGCCGAGGACCUGUGCAGGGGUGUGGGAGCCUCGGCUGCAGCCGGUCCUCAUGUGGGCAGACACGCUUCAUUCUGACGUGCUAACCCCUUGGUUUACUUUGUGCCUUAUGCCUUUAAGGGGCCAGCUGAAAUCACUGUAUUUAUUCAACCUGUGAUUUAUUUUUUCUUUCUUUCUCACUUUAACUGAAAGAGAAUUUUAUAUGUUGUGGAAAUUUAAUCACUUAAUGUUUUUGAUAUUAAUUGGUGUUUUUGUUAAAGGAAUGAGUGAUUUGUUCAAGCAUGCUCUACUUUGA